AUGAGCUCCUCAGAAGGGCUGCUGGCAGAAAAACGGAAUUCAGCUCACCGAUUCCGCACACGCUUUAAUGGAGAACAGCUAGGAGCACUAAGAGAUGUAUUUGAAAGGACCAGGUACCCACAUUGGUUCCUCAUAAGAACACUUGCUUCAACCACUCAUCUUGAUGAGUCAGUUAUAAAGACUUGGUUUAAAAACCAACGUGUCAAAAGGAGGAGGGAGGAGAAUCAGACUCGGCAAAAUCUGUCACCAGGAGACCCAUGCCAGAUAAGUCUUGGAGACUCUGAUCCUCCUUGGGCCUCCAGUCCUUAUGACAUGGAUCAACUUAUACAGUUAUACGACUUACCUGGGGAUGAUGACCCCAGCAGUCUGGAUCAGUACCUCUUCCCAGAGUGCUCCAGCUGGGGGACUGUGGCCGGCACUGAUCACCAUCGUGAUGGUGAACACAGCUUCAAUCCUGAGAAUGUUCCGUGA